ACGGACACACCAUCAUUGCGUCGCUCACUCCACAAGCAAAGCACCACACGAAUCGCUAAUUUCAAAUCCCAACGCCAAAUCCGCACUCCCAACCCGCCUUGCCGGAACAGACAAUGUCCUCCGCCACAUCGUUGCUCCCUGGUGUCAAUCUAUGCGCUCCGAGUUCGGUAUCCGAUCGGAAUGUUCUGUUGAAUGCUCGGUCGCGGCCUGCUCUGAGCUUCCCCGCGAAAGCUAGCUCGCUCAAGAGAUGUACAUCGCUUCGGUUGAAUAGAAAUGGAGGCUUUGCCUUUGAUCGAUCACCAAGGACUUCCAGGACGCUCGUUGUUCGAUGUGAAGCUUCGAGUGGUAGAAUUACUCAGCAGGAGUUUACAGAAAUGGCUUGGCAAGCGAUUGUUUCUUCUCCUGAUGUGGCGAAAGAGAACAAGCAUCAAAUAGUGGAGACAGAGCACUUGAUGAAGGCCCUCUUGGAACAGAAGAAUGGUCUUGCUCGUCGGAUCUUUUCCAAAGUUGGAGUUGACAAUACACGACUUCUUGAAGCCACUGAUAAAUACAUCCAACGCCAGCCAAAGGUUUUGGGUGAAUCAGCUGGAUCAAUGUUAGGUCGUGAUUUGGAAUCUCUGAUCCAACGAGCUAGGGAAUACAAGAAAGAGUAUGGGGAUUCAUUUGUUUCUGUUGAGCAUUUGGUUCUUGCAUUUGCACAAGAUCAGCGAUUUGGGAAACAAUUAUUUAAGGACUUCCGGAUUUCCCAACAAGCCUUGAAGUCCGCAAUAGAAUCCAUAAGGGGACGUCAGUCAGUAAUUGAUCAAGAUCCCGAGGGAAAAUAUGAAGCAUUGGAAAAAUAUGGGAAAGAUUUGACUGCAAUGGCAAAAGCAGGAAAGCUUGAUCCAGUGAUAGGUAGAGAUGAUGAAAUACGCAGGUGCAUCCAGAUACUCUCAAGGAGAACAAAGAACAAUCCUGUGCUAAUUGGUGAACCAGGUGUUGGUAAAACUGCAAUUUCUGAAGGGCUUGCUCAGAGAAUUGUGGAAGGGGAUGUUCCUCAAGCUUUGAUGAAUCGUAAGCUGAUAUCCCUUGACAUGGGAGCACUAAUAGCUGGGGCAAAAUAUCGGGGAGAAUUUGAAGAUAGACUGAAGGCUGUACUUAAAGAAGUAACAGAAUCAGAUGGACAGACUAUACUCUUUAUUGAUGAGAUCCACACAGUGGUGGGGGCAGGUGCUACAAAUGGUGCAAUGGAUGCGGGUAAUCUUUUGAAGCCUAUGCUUGGUCGUGGAGAAUUACGAUGUAUUGGUGCAACAACAUUGGAUGAAUAUCGUAAAUAUAUUGAGAAGGAUCCGGCACUGGAGCGUCGUUUUCAGCAGGUUUAUGUUGAUCAACCAUCGGUAGAAGAUACAGUUUCUAUACUCCGGGGACUCCGUGAAAGAUAUGAACUGCAUCAUGGAGUACGCAUUUCUGAUGGUGCACUUGUGGAAGCUGCAAUCCUCUCUGACCGCUACAUCAGUGGCCGGUUUUUACCUGACAAAGCCAUUGACCUAGUUGAUGAAGCAGCUGCUAAACUGAAGAUGGAAAUCACAUCGAAACCCACCGCCCUUGAUGAGAUCAACCGUUCAGUGCUGAAGCUGGAGAUGGAAAGGUUGUCUCUCACUAAUGAUACAGACAGAGCUUCAAAAGACAGGUUGAACCGUCUUGAGGCUGAGCUGGCCCUACUAAAAGAGAAACAGGCCCAGCUGACUGAGCAGUGGGAGCAUGAGAAGUCAGUCAUGACACGCAUCCAGUCAAUAAAGGAAGAGAUUGACAGGGUUAACCUUGAGAUCCAGCAGGCUGAGCGGGAGUAUGAUCUGAAUCGUGCUGCGGAACUAAAGUAUGGGAGUCUAAACACAUUGCAGCGUCAACUUGCCAGUGCUGAAAAAGAGUUGGAUGAGUAUAUGAGAUCUGGAAAAUCCAUGCUAAGAGAAGAAGUUACUGGUGAUGACAUUGCUGAAAUUGUUAGUAAAUGGACUGGUAUCCCAGUUUCCAAGCUUCAGCAAUCAGAGAGGGAGAAGCUGUUACAUCUUGAGGAAGAGCUACAUAAGCGUGUUGUGGGUCAAGAUCCUGCAGUGAGAGCUGUAGCGGAGGCUAUCCAGCGAUCUCGAGCAGGUCUCUCGGAUCCUCAUCGUCCAAUUGCUAGUUUCAUGUUCAUGGGUCCUACUGGUGUUGGAAAAACAGAGUUGGCAAAGGCCCUUGCCUCCUACUUGUUCAACACGGAAGAAGCACUAGUACGGAUUGAUAUGAGCGAGUAUAUGGAAAAACAUGCAGUUUCAAGACUGAUAGGAGCACCACCUGGUUAUGUGGGAUAUGAAGAAGGAGGGCAGUUGACAGAGACAGUUCGCAGAAGACCCUAUGCAGUAAUUCUGUUUGAUGAAAUAGAGAAAGCUCAUGCUGAUGUAUUCAACGUAUUCCUUCAAAUUUUGGAUGAUGGAAGGGUAACUGACUCACAGGGUCGCACUGUGAGUUUCACCAACACUGUCAUCAUUAUGACUUCGAAUGUAGGUUCGCAAUACAUUCUCAAUACAGAUGAUGACACGCCAAAAGAGAUGGCUUAUGAAACAAUUAGGCAAAGAGUUAUGGAGGCUGCAAGAUCUAUCUUCCGACCUGAGUUCAUGAACCGAGUUGAUGAGUACAUAGUUUUCCAACCACUGGACCGUGAGCAAAUAAAAAGUAUUGUUAGGUUGCAGUUGGAGCGUGUGCAGAGGAGAAUUGCGGAUAAGAAGAUGAAAAUUCAGGUAACAGAUGCAGCUGUUGAGCUUCUCGGAAGUCUUGGUUAUGACCCGAACUACGGUGCCAGACCAGUCAAGAGAGUGAUUCAACAGAACGUGGAAAACGAACUCGCAAAGGGCAUCUUAAGAGGUGAGUUCAAGGAUGAGGAUACCGUGUUAAUAGACACAGAGGUCACAGCAUUUCCAAAUGGCCACCUUCUCCAGCAAAAGCUAGUCUUCAAGAAGAUUGAUAGCAAUCCAGAUACUCAAGCCGCAGGUAGCCAAGAAGCUGUUUCACAAACUCCCUAAGCGUUUUUCUCUUGGUUCUCAAUGUAAAUACGGGCCUGAAACAAAUCUUGUUCUAUAUAAUAAUAAAAGAACAUGACAGGCAGCAGAAACUCCUUCCCAGCUUGCAACACUGAACGGUGAUUAAUAUCGUCAAAUACUAGUUAAACCCAUUUUGUAAGACGAUAAAUAUAGGACAACCCUCAAAACCAGAUUGUUGUAAUUGUUUAAGCAACCAUACAACUAUAGAAAGCAAUAUUUUGAACGCAACAGCAAUUUUGCAUGAAUUGUUUAAGACAAAUUUCGGUUACAUAACAUAAGUCAUGCUUAAAUGUACAUGGCACAUGGCAUUACAUGUUCAAGAUGGUAACAGUGGAGCAAGUAGAUAAUUGAUAGAGAAAUUGUUAGCAAAGGCUUCUGACCCUUGUAGAAAGAUUUGGUGAGUGAUAAGUGCAGAAUGACGUUGGAGAGUUGAGAUCAAGAUGGAGAUUGUUUCCGUGUCUCAGGGGAAAUAAGCUGAGUCCCCUUUUCGUCUUUAACACAAUCCAUUUGGAAGCCAAUCCACACUUGAAAUGAUAAACAAACUGCUCAAGAAACAGAUAUGUCGGGUCAGAUACUGCCAAUCUUUAACCAGAAAUAAAGAAAAGCAAAGAUUACCU